AUGAGUACACCAAUACAAGUUGAACGACAACUCCCGUCUUUAUCACAUUCUUCUUAUUCGUUAAGUGACCAACAACACUCAACACCGUUAUUAAACGUUGAACAGUCUCAAAGUCUUUUUAUUUCUGGGCAUAUGCCUUCUCAAUCGUCGUGUUCUACUUCAUUUUCUUCUCCUUCAAGACUUAGAACUACUACUGAUUCUGAUUCCUCGAAACAAUCCAAUACUGGUGGUUCAAUGAGAUUAGCGAAUACAAAUUUAUCCAACGACGAUAACGGAAGUAGUGUUAUGAAACGAACUAAUAAAACCCACGUACCUAGUGCCUGUGUCAACUGUAAGCGUGCUCACCUCGCUUGUGACGUAUCUAGACCUUGUAAACGAUGCGUGGCUCUUAAUAAAGUUGAUACCUGUAUCGACAUUAAACAUAAGAAACGCGGUCGUCCAAAAUUAAAGGAUAAGAAACCUCACCCGUACAAUACUCAUGCUACUGGUGAUGCAAAAACUUGGGUAUCAAAUACUCAAUUUCUUCCUCCUACUACUACAAAUCCUAUCCCUUCUCGAAUUCAGCAAAUUCCUCCUACCAUUACUAUGUUCUUAACUAUUAAUGGUGCUCAUUGUGCUAAAGUUUCUGAUGAAUGUUUAGGCAUAAUGGGCUAUUAUCCUGGUGAACUGGUGGAUAAAUCUUUAUUUGAUUAUGUCCCAUCUACAGAUCGUGAUAGAUUACAAAAACUAAUCGACUCUUUGGUCGAUAAUGCUUAUAGAUAUAAUCAUAAUAUUCAACCUUCACAUCAAUUUUCUUAUCAAUCUACUACCCCUUUUGAUUCUCUUGUUACAACUGAUGAUCCGGGUUUUAAUCAUACAAGUCCUGAACAAUUACAAUGUCCUGCUGGUGGUAGUACUUUAAUUGAGGCUGCUGAUAUGAUUCAUUUAAAACAAAGAAAUGGUCAAUUUGAUCUAUAUAAUGUUAAAACUUACCUCGGAGGAGGUCUUGGUGCUGAUUUAAUGCGUAAAGAUACUUUGAACAGGUUAUAUAUUGUCGCUUUCUUCACUAGAGUUAAAAGUGGUGCUUGCGUACAGAAUGACUGUAACCCUUACGCUCAAUCAAGAAUUAAUGGUAUUAAUAAUAAUAAUAAUAAUAUUAAUAAUAAUAAUAUUAAUAAUAGUAUUAAUAGUAAUAUUAAUAGUAUUAAUGGUUUCUCAUCAGUGAACACUCCAAUCCCUACUACCGUCGCUACUAUCGACCCCGCUUUACUUACCAUGUCGAAUGAUAAUAUAAAUAUAGGUACAGGAAAAUUCGGACUUUUAAGUCCAAUAUUAUCACCAAGACAACAAG